AUGAGUGUUCCUUUGACUCCCGACGAGCGUGAGCGCUACACGUUCAUCAUUGAUGAAAUCCUUGAGUCGGCCGACCUCGAGACCAUCUCGCGAAAGAAGAUUCGACAGGGUUUACAGGCUGCCCUCGGCGGGCAGGAUCUCAGCGACCAGAAGGACGCCAUCAAGCGCCUUAUUGAGGAUCGUUUUGACGCCGUUUCUGGAGCCGACAACGGCAUUGUGCCCCCCUCCUCCGUCGAGCCGUACGCCACCAAUGGCACAUCCGAUGCUGGCGAGACCGAACAGUCGGCGACUCCCGAACCCUCGCGAAAGAAGGUCAAGCGAUCAUCCUCGGCUGAAGACGCAGACGCUCGCCUAGCCGCCCAGCUGCAAGCCCAGGAGAACAGCCUAGCCAGAGGACGCAAGACCCGGGGAGGGGACAAGGCAAAGCCUACCAAGAAGAAGGCUGCGCCUCGCAAGAAGAGCGCCAGAAAGGUCAAAGCCGAUGACGACAGCGACCUGGACACAGGGGACGCCGAGGUGGGCAAGAAGAGAAAGGCUGGCGGGGGUUUCCAGAAGCCGUUCAACCUGAGCACUACUCUGUCAGAGCUCGUGGGUGAAACCCAGUUGUCCCGACCCCAAGUUGUCAAGAAGCUCUGGGAACACAUCAAAGCAAACGAUCUUCAAGAUCCCAAGGACAAGCGCCAAAUUAUAUGCGACGAAAAGAUGCAGGCAGUCUUCAAGCAGGCCAGGGUGGACAUGUUCCGGAUGAACAAGGAUAUUGGAAACCACCUUUACCCGGUUGGAGAAGAGUGA